AUGUCUCCGACAUCAAGCGCGAAUACAUGGCUUCUUCAGUUAUUUGGCAUCUCUACAGCCUCCAAUAAUAACCCAGCCAACGCUCUAGCUGCCCUUACAGCUGAACCUGUCCAGUCGCCAUUCCGUACGGAUACCGACAGUUCGGAUACUCUGACCCUCCCAGAUGGAAGAAUACUCGGGUAUGCACAAUAUGGCUCGCUAAACGGAGGGCCUAUUUUUUUGGUGCAUGGCCUUCCAGGCUCUCGCCUAGAAGGUGCCGGCUUUCACGCCCUAGGCUUAGAGCUCGGCGCCCGUGUUAUUUCCGCGGACAGACCUGGUAUAGGGUGGAGCUCACCACACCCCAAUCGAACACUGCUCGAUCAUGCGAAAGACUUGGAACGACUUGCGGAACAUCUUGGACUGGAUCACUACAGUGUUCUGGGAAUAUCAGGAGGUGGACCAUCUGCCCUUGCUUGUGCUAGAGCAAUGCCUAGCAACAAGCUUAGGUGUGUCUCACUUGUCUGUGCCAUGGGACCUCCUGAUAUCGGUAUGAGCGGGGCUGAUUUGAUGCAUAAGCUUGGAUUUCCGUAUGGAUUUCGCUAUGCGCCCCUCACUGUUGCCCGAUGGUUUUGGCAAAACGAUAUAUUAGGACGUCUAGACUUGACUGAUGAGAAGCGUCUCGAAAUUAUGCUUAGACAGCCAGUUGGCCAUGAGAAAGAUAUUGCGUUUAUGAAGUCUGCAUGGCCUCCAUUAUCUUUGCGAUCUUCUCGGGAAAGCUUCUCGCAGGGGUUUGAAGGUGUAUGGCAAGAUGGUAAGUUGAUGUGCAUGGACUUUGGUUUUCGAGUCGAAGACAUUCGCCAUGAUCUACCUGUGAAUUUGUGGUAUGGGAAGCUCGACAGUUUCGUUCCACCUAAUCAUGGUGUCCAGAUAGCUGCAAGGCUGGGUGAGAAUGCCCAUCUGAGAUUGGUGGAUGAGACCCAUGCAAGCAUUGUGAUAAACCAGAUCAGAGAGAUAUUUGAAGAUUUGAUUCGGAGGACAUAG